UUAUAUGCCAAAAAACGUUGUGAUUAACGAACGGACAUCAUCAGGGGCGCUUUUCUAUGUUUUUGCGUUUUGGCGAGAGAGAGAGAGAGAAAGAGAGGGACAGAGACAUCGAGCCGCUGAGUCUGUGACUGUGUCGGAGAGAGGGUGAGGCGGGACCUGAACCUCCUGAACUGCUCCAAAACCCCCCACCAUUUUGAUUCCUUCUCUUCCUCAAUCACUCUCUCUCUCUGUGUCUCUAUCUGUAUCGCUAUUUUCUCUCUCUAUAAACCAAAAGUCUGAUUCUCGCUCAGACCGUUUUCUGGUUCUCGCUCAGACCUUUCUUUAUAUCAUUGACCUUCUCUGCCCCUCACCAUGUGCUAAUCUUCUUUAGGUUUACUCCUGGAAGAAGACGGCGGUUUACGCCUCUUGACUUUGAUCGUGUGCUUGGUGCAAUUUUGGAGGUUUUGUUUCUGAGAAGGAACGUGUCUCUGGCCAUACACGGAUGGCAUGGACUGAUAAAGAUGUUGGCAAUGGGAGAGAAAGAGACCCAAAUGGAGAAAACGGGUUCUUGAAAGGUUGUUCACAGCCUUCUUCUAGUACUAGUGGCUCUGUUUCGGGUGUUGAUCCUGCAGAGAAGAGCUUUGAAGUGAAAGAUGUUCUUUCUUAUGCCAACAUUCUCCGUUCAAGGAACAAAUUUGUUGAUGCUCUUGCCCUUUAUGAGAAUAUCCUCGAGAAAGAUGGUGGAAACGUGGAAGCUCACAUUGGAAAAGGGAUUUGCCUACAGAUGCAGAAUAUGGGAAGGCUUGCUUUUGACAGUUUCGCGGAAGCCAUCAGAUUGGACCCUCAGAAUGCAUGUGCCCUCACACAUUGUGGUAUUUUGUACAAAGACGAGGGUCGCCUAGUGGAUGCUGCUGAGUCAUACCAAAAGGCUCUGAAAGCAGAUCCCUCAUAUAAACCAGCUGCAGAAUGCCUAGCCAUUGUAUUAACAGAUCUUGGAACCAGCUUAAAGCUUGCUGGUAACACUCAGGAGGGAAUUCAGAAGUAUUAUGAUGCUUUGAAAGUUGAUGCGCACUAUGCUCCUGCAUAUUACAAUCUUGGUGUUGUCUACUCUGAAAUGAUGCAAUAUGACAUGGCUCUUGGUUGUUAUGAGAAGGCUGCAUUAGAGAGGCCUAUGUAUGCUGAAGCAUAUUGCAACAUGGGUGUCAUUUAUAAGAAUCGUGGUGACUUGGAGUCUGCUAUUGCUUGUUAUGAGAGGUGUUUAGCAGUUUCACCAAACUUUGAGAUUGCCAAAAACAAUAUGGCAAUAGCUUUGACGGACUUAGGAACAAAGGUUAAAUUGGAGGGAGAUAUUGAUCAAGGUAUAGCCCUUUAUAAAAAGGCUUUGUACUAUAAUUGGCACUAUGCUGAUGCUAUGUAUAAUCUUGGAGUUGCUUAUGGUGAAAUGCUUAAGUUUGACAUGGCCAUUGUGUUCUAUGAACUUGCUUUCCACUUUAAUAACCAUUGUGCUGAAGCGUGCAACAACUUAGGAGUAAUAUACAAAGAUCGAGACAACCUUGACAAAGCAGUAGAGUGUUAUCAGAAGGCUUUGACAAUUAAACCUAAUUUCUCACAGUCAUUGAACAAUCUUGGUGUCGUCUACACUGUCCAGGGCAAAAUGGAUGCUGCUGCAAGCAUGAUUGAGAAAGCGAUUAUUGCAAAUCCUACAUAUGCAGAAGCGUAUAAUAAUUUGGGGGUUCUUUACAGAGAUGCUGGAAAUAUUUCUCUGGCUGUUGAUGCGUAUGAGCAAUGCCUUAAAAUAGAUCCUGAUUCUCGAAAUGCAGGCCAGAAUCGAUUGCUAGCAAUGAACUACAUAAAUGAAGGACAUGAUGAUAAACUUUUUGAGGCACACAGGGACUGGGGCAGACGCUUUAUGAAGUUAUAUCCUCAAUACACUUCAUGGGAAAACCCAAAAGACCCAGAUCGGCCCCUUGUAAUUGGAUAUGUAUCUCCUGAUUACUUUACUCAUUCUGUAUCAUAUUUUAUAGAAGCCCCACUUGCACAUCAUGACUAUGCAAACUACAAGGUUGUAGUUUAUUCUGCAGUUGUUAAGGCAGAUGCAAAAACCAUUAGGUUUAGGGAGAAAGUUUUAAAAAAGGGUGGGAUUUGGAGAGACAUUUAUGGAGUUGAUGAAAAGAAGGUUGCGAGCAUGGUCAGAGAAGAUAAAGUUGAUAUCUUGGUAGAACUAACUGGACAUACAGCUAAUAACAAAUUGGGAAUGAUGGCAUGUCGACCUGCACCACUUCAGGUGACUUGGAUUGGUUAUCCAAACACUACUGGUUUGCCAACAAUUGAUUAUAGAAUUACUGAUUCGCUGGCUGAUCCUCCCGAUACAAACCAGAAGCAUGUUGAGGAGCUAGUUCGAUUACCGGAAUGCUUCCUUUGUUAUACACCAUCCCCUGAAGCUGGGCCUGUUUCCCCUACUCCAGCUCUUUCCAAUGGCUUUAUUACAUUUGGUAGCUUUAAUAACCUGGCAAAGAUAACGCCUAAAGUGUUGCAAGUUUGGGCAAGGAUAUUAUGUGCCGUUCCAAAUUCUCGCCUUGUAGUAAAAUGUAAGCCUUUUUGCUGUGAUAGUGUGAGACAAAGAUUUCUUACAACAUUGGAGCAGCUGGGUUUGGAACCACUUCGUGUUGAUCUUCUGCCUUUAAUUUUACUUAACCACGAUCAUAUGCAGGCCUAUUCUCUUAUGGACAUUAGUUUGGAUACUUUUCCAUAUGCUGGGACUACCACAACAUGUGAAUCUUUGUACAUGGGGGUUCCAUGUGUUACUAUGGCUGGUUCUGUACACGCACACAAUGUUGGUGUGAGUCUUCUCAGCAAAGUUGGAUUGGAGCAUCUGAUUGCCAAAAAUGAGGACGAAUAUGUCGAGUUGGCACUGCAGUUGGCCUCUGAUGUUACAGCACUGUCAAAUUUGAGAAUGAGUCUUCGGGAGCUAAUGUCUAAGUCCCCCGUUUGUGAUGGACCGAAAUUUAUCCUUGGCUUGGAGUUGACUUACCGGAGCAUGUGGCAUAGGUACUGUAAAGGUGAUGUGCCAUCUUUAAGAAACAUGGAAUCACUUGAACAAGAAGUGCGUUCUGAUGAAUCAGCUUCCAAAAUCUCUCCCGAGAGCCCUCCUGGUUCUAUUAAGGCUAAUGGAUUUACUGUAGCCCCACCAUCUAUGCGUAAUUUUUCCCCUAGUGAAGAAAAUGGAGGUUCCACAAACUUAAACUAGCUGACAGGAACCUAAUCUUACUGGCAAAAAUAUCUGAGACAUUAUGGAAGUUGAUUGGAUUUGGAUGCGGGAUUGUAUCACUCUUGGGGUGGUCAGAACUGCUUUACUAUUUAUUUGAUGUUGGCUGUUUGUGCUGGAAUUUGAGAUGGUAUCUACAGUCGCCUAGGAUUUCCUUGCUUAGGAUCAAUGGCUGGCAGCAGUCAGCAACAUGAUUUUUUUGGCUGUCAAAGAUAGAAAUAGGAAUUGUAGAAGCGGUGAUGCUGAGUUAAUACUUUAGGAAGCUGUGUCGCAUUUUUUUGUGGAAUAUAGAUUUAUGGUUUGUAAAUUGUAGGCAAAGCUUUCAUUUUUCUUAAAGUUAUAACAGGUUGUCUUUGUUA